AUAACUCAGUUUCUUCCCCAGUGAUACUUAUCCCACACACACACACACACACACACAAAAAAGAAAAGAACGUAGAGAGAGAAACUUCCCAAAAGAAACAGCUGUUAGAAAGAGAAAGUGAGUUAGAGAGAGAGAAUGUACAAGGCAUUGUCUCCAUGAAGAGAUCAUAUUAUUCAUUUUUAGUCAGCCCAAAGUCUUAUUGAACUCUCUCUCUCUCUCUCUCUCUCUCUCUCUCUCUCUCUCCCUCAACGCUACCAACAAUAUUCCAUAGGUUUUAAUUUGGCAAAAACGACGUCGUAAUUUAGAGGUGCGGAGGAGGAGAAAUGCUAGACUACGAAUGGGGGAACCCGUCGGCGAUCAUGCUCGCCGGGGAAGAGCCGGAGCAGCAUCCCGGAUCCGACCCAACCCGACAGAACAUUAUCGAACACUACGCCUCCGCUCAAGCCGCCUUCAACGACCACAACGCCCACUUUCUCACUCCUCAUCUUCAAAGUCAUAAUCACAAUCAUCAUCAUCAUCACCAUCAUCAUGAGCACGCCAACAACAACGACAACAAUCCCUCGGCCUUCCCUCACCACCACUUCGGUAUCGCCACCGCUCACCACCACACCCAAGCGCAGCCCCAGCAGCAACAACUCCACGUCCACCACCACUCCUCACUGUACGACGUUCCACGCGCCUACGCCAGCGCGUCCUCUUACGCGCCGGCGUCGAUUCUCUCCCUCGAUCCCAUCACCGCCGGAGGAGGCGGCGGAGGGGGAGGAGGAUUGGGUGUCCCGUUCAUGCUGGUGCCGAAGAGCGAGGAUCAUCAGAGGGCGGCUGUGGACUUCUCGUCCAGAAUCGGGCUCAAUUUGGGAGGGAGAACAUACUUCUCGUCGGAGGACGACUUCAUGAGCCGGCUGUACCGGCGGCCGAGGGCGUUGGAGGCAGGGUCAACGUCUGCGAACUCGCCGCGGUGCCAGGCGGAGGGCUGCAAUGCCGAUCUCUCCCACGCCAAGCACUACCACCGCCGCCACAAGGUCUGCGAGUUCCACUCCAAGGCCUCCACCGUCGUCGCCGCCGGCUUGACCCAGCGAUUCUGCCAACAGUGCAGCAGAUUCCACCUCCUCUCUGAGUUUGACAAUGGAAAACGUAGUUGCCGGAAAAGGUUGGCCGAUCACAACCGUCGCAGGCGAAAAACUCAGCAGCCAAACCAACAAGUUCAAAAUCCCAAGUCCUUGCAACCUGAAAAUGCCCAGAAUCCAUCUUCAGAUAACGUUGCAAGGUCGCCACCGGAUUCUGGAGCUCAGUCGUCGUCGUCGGUGACAGUGGCAGUGUCGCCGCCGCGAAUGUCGUUAGAUUGUUUCAGGCAAAGAUCGUAUCAAACUACUACUGCUUCUUCAGGAUCAUCAAGCUCACUGUUUUUCUCAAGUGGGUAAAAAGGGAAAAAAAAUCACAUCUACCGAGGGAUGUCUUAGGUUUAUGGGGGAGGGUUUAAUUAGCAAUAACAUAUAGUGAUGAAGUAAUAUCUAGUUGUUAAUUUUUCUUUAAAUUUUAGUUUGAGUUUUAAUUAUGGUGAUCAAGCUUAGCUUCUUCUUCUUCUUUUAACUUUUUUUUUUUAUUUUUUUUUAUUUGAGGUCAUGAGAUGAAAUUCCAAUUGUUGGUGGGAUUUUCUGUUCUUUUUAUGCAAGGGUUAAUGUAUGUUGGGGGAAAGUGGAUGGUGAAAUUGAACUUGUUGGGAAAAUUUGGAACUUUUCCAAUGAAGGGCACUGUUUGGUUUCAGAGAACGUUAUGGAAGGGACGGGUGGUUCAAGGUUUA